AUGGCAUCGAGCCCAGAUGUACUCAUGGCUGUCUGGGAUCUCGACUCAGACCUUUCUGAGCCGCCAACAGAUCUCGAGGAUAUGACAGCUUCCGUCAGUGAGGAUUUGUUUCAUACGAAUCUCAAUACUCCUCCAGGUUCAAAGCGCAAAAUAACCUCACUACAACCCAAUCACGAUGAGAAUCAGCGUGGAGCGAAGAGGCUGCGCAACUCCGCCCGCCAACUCAGCAGGCUCGAAAAUUUGCCCAUUGAAAUCCUGAAUCGUAUUGCUUCCGAGCUCCCCAGUGAUGCAGACCUAUUCGGACUCGUGCGGGCCUCCCCAACCUUGAGCGAGGCGCUUAAACCAAAUACAUCUGCUAUCUGGCGAGAGAGAUUCUUGCGGAAAUGGGACUAUCCGUUUGUUCGAAACAACAAGUACUUUGCCAUCGUGUAUCGAGAAAGAGGAUGCAUCUUAAGUCAAUUUGGCGAUUUCAACAAUGAGAAUGAUCCCCGGUUGAUCUACCAGUUGGAACACUUGACUUACAUGAUCUUAGAAGCGUAUCAUCGGCCAGAGAAGCACCUUCCCGCACCACUGAUCUCUCUCAAUAUCGAAGCAUUUGACUCAGCACAGGCUUCUCCUUGGAUGACGAGCUUCUUGAACAAUACCUUCUAUCCCCAGACCUUGAGCAGAGAUUCAAACAAAUACGGUCAACCACACGCUCUCUUCGACGCAAUCCAAGUUGCAUUGUCACACUUGUUGUUAUCCCCAGCUUCGGAGAUGGCGCAUGCUGUGCAGUCCUCCAGGCAUAAGUACGACAUGGCAUUGGUUUACAACUGGGGGAGUCCGUUGACGUUGAUUUACCGCCGAAUUCCGAGAUCUGAACCUCCAUCGACGCCUACUCGCGCUCGACCAGUGUUUCCUAAUUUGAUGCGACGAGGUCAGGAACCAAAGUACGAAGUCGACACAUACGCGUUGCUCCAUGUACGAAAUUUCUUUCAUCGCCAUCUCAUCGAGAGAAACAGCAGUCCCGAGUACCCCUCCAGCAGCAUGAACGAACGCACGUAUACCACUAUGGCUAAUCUCCUAUGUGACGCUGGCAUCACGCCUCGACCAUGGGACCAGAUGCUAGUUCAAGGACUUCCUCGGAUCGCGAACGAGUGGUACGGCCAUUACAGCUGCGUUCACCCGUGGCCGAAGAGAAGACAGGACCUAGAUGUGGCUCAAACUGAUGCUGAAGAUUGGAGCUCAGCUCAUCCCCUUAGACUCGAGAUUGCAAUUGCCCCGAGGAACGAUCUAGCAUACUGGCCUCCCAUCUUUCGCGACAUUCCGGUUUUCAACGAAACAAUUCCAGACGGACUGGAGUCGAGCAUCUCUUUCCGCGGCAUUGCACCCUUUGUCGACCUGCAAGCGAUGGAGUCUGUCAGAACUUCCAUGUCAAAGGCGACUUUGACGGUUCCAGGAGUACCCAAGUAUCACCCAUAUACCUCUCUUCGAGUGCGUGGUGUGAUCCACCCAAUCGGUAGCUUGCCUCGACCAGAUCAGCUAAAAAACUCUCGCGCGAGUAUUCCUGGAUGGAGUAGGAUCGUCAUGGUCAUGUACAAGCCCACCACAGAAAUGCAAAUUGCGGUCCUCGAACAUGCCGAGCAGAACUUUGGCGGCUUUUUUGGUGCAGCCAUAGCCAACCACAUGAUCCAAAACGGACAACUUCAGCUUGGAUUACAGCAGCUAGCAGUAGGAGAUCUCGACCCCGAGGAGAUCGAGUUGGCGAGGAAGAGAUAUAUCGACGACAAAUUGUCGAGGAAUCCAGCAUGGCGCCAUCCCGAGAAUAUGGACAAGCACGUUAUCGCCGACAUGGAGGAACGAUUCAAGAGAAGUGAACAUAUGGAGUGGACAGACAUGGAGUACGCUUAUGCAUACGAAGGCAUCAUCCUACCGGGUGGAAAGAUCAUGAUGGGCCGAUGGUGGAGAUGCGGCAUCAACGGCGCAUCGUCUCCCGGAUACGAAAUCGACGAGCAAGGCGCCGGACUUGAUACUCCUGACCGAUCAGACGGAGAGUCGGAUUCGGAGACGGGAACGGAGUCGGACGAUGAGAAUGAGAAAGAGAAAGGAGGCUCUGAUUCCAUGGACGUUGACGAUGGUCAUGGCAUGAGUCACGACGUCCCAGGAUCAUCUUCGCAGGGAACAACCGCUCGUGCCAGGCCGGUGAAAAAACGUUGUCCGAAACUGGAGAGAGGCCCGUUCGUCUUUUGGUGCUGA